UCGUGCGACCGCGACAUUCGCCGUCGCGUUCGUACCGCUGGCACGUAAAAGUAACCUAGAAACGUUUGUGAAUUAACUAAUAAUACAAAUGUUGCUUGUAUUUUUCAAUAAAACGGUGUUAUUAGUAAUUUAGUGAAACAUACAUUUAACUGAAGUGAUAUAACUGAAGGAUCCUAUUGGAUUUAAUUAUAAAGUGUUACAACACAGUGAAUUUGGCGAAAUCAAAAGUUUCUAAGGACAAAAUGUUCCUUUUGGUGGGCUGUCAUCGGGCAGCCCCCAAAUAUUGUGGAAAAAUGUGGUGGUAUAUUUUAUUUAGUGUAUUGUUUACAAAGACAUUUGGAGUUACGGGUUCUAAUAUCACUGCAGUUUCUUCUAGCAAGGUGUGCUCGCAAAAGCAGUUCCAAUGUGCAAACGGGAAGUGCAUACCGAUAUCGUGGUUGUGUGAAGGAGACAACGAUUGCGGCGACAACUCAGAUGAAAAUAUUGAGGAAUGCAAAAAAGAAAGUCGUACGUGUACAUCGAACGAGUUCCGAUGCAAGACCGGCCGCUGCAUCCCACUGUCAUGGCGCUGCGACAACGAGAAGGACUGCUCCGACGGCUCCGAUGAAGAACCCGGCACGUGCACGGCACAGAGCAGCAACUGUCCGGAACACAAGUUUGUGUGCGCAAGCGGCCAGUGCAUACCGGCCGCGUGGCAUUGCGACGAUGCGCCUGAUUGCCCCGACGGCUCAGAUGAGCACCACUGUGAUGAGACAUGUCGCGCGGACGAGUUUACGUGUGGGAACGGCAAGUGCAUCCAGCAGAGGUGGGUUUGCGACGGCGACGAUGACUGCAGUGACGGCAGCGAUGAAGCCAAGUGCCCAGCGCCCACCUGUCAGCCACACGCACACUUCUCCUGCGCAGACGGUCAUUGCAUCUCCGCCAGGUGGCGCUGUGAUAGAGAUAUCGAUUGCCCCGACGGCAGUGAUGAGGCGGGUUGUCCAACAUCACCAAAGGUGAUUUCCCCAUGCGUGUCCACGGAGUUCCAGUGCCAUGAUCGCGUGACAUGCGUGCACAAGACGUGGGUGUGUGACGGAGACCGCGAUUGCCCUGACGGUGGGGAUGAGGCUCCAGAGAUCUGCAGAGGAAAUGUCACUUGCCGCAUCGAUCAGUUCCAAUGUAAAGACCACAGCUGCAUACCCGGCGCCCUCUACUGCAAUGGAGAGAAAGACUGCCCUGAUGGUAGCGAUGAACUGAAUUGCACGCGACCAAAACCGAUCUGCGACAGUAAAACGGAGUUUGAUUGUGGCGGCGGUAUGUGCAUACCGUUGUCAAAGGUGUGCGACAAAAAGCCUGACUGUCCCAACUUCGAGGACGAGCCACGGGACCGCUGCGGUGCCAACGAGUGCGCGACCAACAACGGCGGCUGUACGCAGCGUUGUAUCGACACUCCUGUCGGAUACUACUGCGACUGUGAUAAGGGUUACAAGCUGGUCGACAAUCGCACAUGUGAAGACAUCGACGAAUGCUUGGAUCCGGGCUCCUGCUCUCAGGUGUGCAGCAACGAGAAGGGAACCUUCAAGUGCGAAUGCUACUCGGGCUAUGCACGAGACCCGCGCGACCGCACGCGCUGCAAGGCCACCGAGGGCCACCCCUCGCUGCUGUUCGCGCGCCGCUUCGACAUCCGCAAGAUUAGCCUCGACCACCACGAGAUGGUCGCCAUUGUCAACGACACCAAGUCAGCGACAGCCUUGGAUUACGUCUUCCGUACUGGAAUGAUAUUCUGGAGCGAUGUCACCGAUGAAAAGAUUUAUAAAGCGCCAAUCGACGAGGGUAGUCUUCGCACAGUGGUGAUCGGCGAUCAGUUAAUAACAUCAGACGGGCUAGCUGUGGACUGGAUCUAUAACCACCUGUACUGGACGGACACAGGCAAGAACCACAUCGAGCUCUCAGACCUGCAGGGCAACAUGAGGAAGAUACUCAUCAGGGACAGUCUUGAAGAACCGAGGGCGAUUGCACUAAAUCCGCUGGAUGGAUGGAUGUACUGGACGGACUGGGGUCAGAAUCCGAAGAUUGAACGUGCUGGUAUGGACGGCUCACAUCGACAGACCAUCGUGUCCUAUGAUGUAAAAUGGCCUAACGGUCUAACACUGGAUCUCGUCAGGAAGCGGGUCUAUUGGGUGGAUGCUAAAAUGAGCACGAUAUCGUCUUGUAACUACGACGGCACCGCGCGGCGCCUGAUCCUGUACUCGACUGAUGUGCUACGUCACCCCUUCUCUAUCACCACGUUUGAGGACUGGGUGUACUGGACAGACUGGGACAAGACCGCAGUCUUCCGCGCAAACAAGUUCAAUGGGAAAAACGUCGAAGCAAUCACCUCAACACACACGCUGCAGAACCCGAUGGUGAUCCACGUGUAUCACCCGUACCGGCAGCCGGACGGAGUGAACCACUGCGCGGCGGUGAACGGGCACUGCUCGCACUUGUGUCUGCCCGCGCCGCAGCUCGGCCCCGCCGCGCCGCGCGUCGCCUGCGCCUGCCCCACCGGCCUGCGUCUGCUGCCCGACAACCAGAUGUGCGUCGAGGACAAUGCAAUAAAACCAGAUGUGGAGGUGCAUAAACCGAGAAAUGUUUCAAAUGAACCAAUAGUUGUUCACGAAAAACCUGUAACCACUGUACCUGAAACUCCAAAGACCAAUACGGGAAUCUCAUCGAGCGGGCGCGACGCGGGCGUCGUUGCUGGCAUCGUGAUAGCAGUGAUAACAGGAGUUGUUGUACUUGCUGCAUUGAUCAUCGUUGUAAUGUACCGUCACUACAUGCAUCGUAACGUCACAUCUAUGAACUUCGACAACCCAGUGUACAGGAAGACAACAGAGAACCAAUUCGCUCUCGAGCAGAAUGGCUAUGCUCCGGGAAGCAAGCUUUACCCCAGUACUGUGGGCGAAGAGGCACAAGAACCUCUUAAUACUCCCGGUACAAACGAGUAUGUAUAGUGCAAGAUCCGGCACUCAGUUUAUAAUAAUAUCAUUAAAUGUGAAAAGAAAACAAAGGACAUUGUGUUAGUACUGGAAAUGUGAUUGAACCAGUGAAUGUAACAUGCCAAUGUUUAAAGUGCUUAACCCAGAAGAAAUUUUAGCUUUAGUAUUAGAAAGUAUAGAAAAGUACAUGGCAACUAAAAAAGAUUGAUUUAUCUGUCAAGUGGCGCCACUGUCGCAAUCCUUUGAAAUUUAAUACUAAAGAUUUAGUUUCAUUUUUCGCCACUUUACAGAUAAGUCUGUCAGACUGUUAAGUUUGUGUCGUAAAUAUUAUGGAUUUCAAAAUGGCGACCGUCACAGCUGUCAAAAUUUGAUCGUCUUCUUAGUGUUCGAUAUACGUACAAUUGAAGUUAGCUUUGAUAUCGCACAUUCAGUAGAUGUGAUAUAUUUUCAUUUGUAGACUGUGAAUAGAAUAGAUAAGAGCAAUGAAUUUAUUGCAGUUACAAUGAUGCU